AUGGAGAAUCAACGCCGUGACGAGUCGCCGUCCGGUCUGUCAGAUAUUGUCGAAGGCGAUGGCUUGCUCGGCACUGGAUUGACGACCCGUCACAUCGAAGCGUUCGGGCGAAAGGUGACCUCAACUGCAGGACACCUGAUCGCGCCGACCGAGCAAAACCCAGGCGCCCAUUAUCAAAUUGCUAUGACGGAUAUCCAUCGCGAACUGCGCCGGCCAACAGCGCAGCGCAAGGUCUUCUCCCUUACCCAGACAACCCCUACCGAUCUCGUGCGCUCGAAGCUGUCGACCUCGGAAAUCCAGUCGCGGGCUCUUUCUUCCCUCCCCGAUGAUCUGCUCGCCAACAUCCCCGAAGACAGUAGCUCCUACUCCCUAUUCCAAGGUUUUCAGGCUACCCUCCCUGAAGAUGACCAUGCACAUAAAAAGCACCGGAGACGUAGCUCCAAAAACACCAAGGCGUUGAAAGAUAGCGAGAGGGGCGGCGCCCUGACCGCGGGUCCGGCUGGGUUGAAGGAGCAACGAAAAACAUUGAGCCGCCGACUGGACUUGAUGGGCAUUCGAAAGAAUAUGUGCAGCGCCGAGAUCCACGAGAUAGAUAACAAGAUUGCCAACCUACACAAAAUGCGCCAGAUCGUUCUUGAUCGAUUGGCCGGCUUGGAAAUGGAUGAAGCGACAUUGGAAGUCGAGUUGACGGAGUUAGAUAAUAAACUAGAAGAUUUGCCAGAAGAGACGCCUGAAUCCUCUGCCACUGACGAAACACCAAAGUCGGCGCAAGAACAGGGAGAUUCUGUUGCGUCCUCGAAUGACCCAGCCAUGGACGCUUCAUUCAUGUCAGAAUCGAUAUACGAGAAACUGCCCGAUACAACACCGACGCCAAAGAGCCUUCGAAGCCGGACUCUAAGAAAACGCUCAAUGCCAAUCCUUCACGAACAUUUCGCUCCGGGAUCCUUAAUUAAGGAAAUCUCAGCACACACCGAUAUGGUCACCGCGAUUGAUUUCGACUUUCCAUUUGGUACAAUGGUCACUGCUGCAUUGGAUGAUACUGUGCGAGUUUGGGAUAUGAACGUGGGUCGUUGUUCUGGUUUCUUAGAAGGGCACCAUGCUUCUGUACGAUCUUUACAGGUAGAAGACAAUAUCGUCGCUACCGGAUCUAUGGAUGCAUCUGUCCGAAUUUGGGAUUUGAGUCGCGCUAGGCCUAGUACCCGUGACAAUGGACGUCUGAACAAACAUGAGCGCGAGGAAGAAGAAUUAUUCGAAAAGCAUUCUUCACCGGUUCCUCCAUCAUCGAAUUUGGAGGAUUGCCAUGUCUUUACACUGGACGCCCAUGUUGAUGAGGUGACUGCGCUCCACUUUAAAAAUAACACACUUAUCUCUGGAUCUGCAGACAAGACUCUGCGGCAAUGGGAUCUUGUUAAAGGAAGAUGUGUUCAAACUUUGGAUAUCCUUUGGGCCGCUACACAAUCAUCGGCAAGCACCUCUGGAGAUGGAACUUGGCGACCAUCCGGCCGACUUCCAGAUGCGUCUGCAGACUUCGUUGGAGCUAUUCAGUGCUUCGAUGCCGCACUCGCAUGUGGAACGGCUGACGGCAUGGUUCGUCUUUGGGAUCUGCGUAGUGGUCAGGUCCAUCGUAGCCUCGUGGGACACACUGGGCCAGUUACAUGUCUACAAUUUGACGACGUACACCUGGUAACGGGUAGUUUGGACCGCAGCAUUCGGAUCUGGGAUCUUCGAAUGGGCUCGAUAUACGACGCGUAUGCCUAUGAAAAACCUAUAACUAGUAUGAUGUUCGAUUCGAAACGAAUCGUGGCUGCUGCCGGCGAGAAUGUGGUCAAGGUCUAUGACAAGGCUGAUGCACACCAUUGGGACUGCGGUCCUGGUGUCGGCGUCGAUGAUGAAGGGCCAUACCCUUCGACUGUCGAGCGCGUCCGACUUAAGGAUGGAUACCUGGUUGAAGGUCGCAAAGACGGCACCAUGGCUGCAUGGACAUGUUAA